AUGAAGCCCCGGGUAGAUUAUAACACACUUACAAAACUUCUAAGACUUUUUGAGCCAAAUCCUGAUGUGUUAGAAGCAUUAAAAGGUUCAGGUAUAAAAGUAAGUCUUGGAACAAGAAAUGAUGAUGUUAAAGUGAUAGCAUCAAGUGUAAGUGCUGCUAACCAAUGGGUAAAUACCAAUAUUGCCCCUUACAGUCAAGUAAAUUUCACAUGGAUUGUACUAGGAAAUGAAAUUAUUCCAGGCAUAGGUGUGAAUUAUGGGAGGAAUGGUGACAAUCUUCCAUCCCCACAAAAUGUUAUAAGCCUUUACAAGAAAUGUGGGAUAAAACUUCUAAGACUUUUUGAGCCAAAUCCUGAUGUAUUAGAAGCAUUAAAAGGUUCAGGUAUAGAAGUAAGUCUUGGAACAAGAAAUGAUGAUGUUAAAGUGAUAGCAUCAAGUGUAAGUGCUGCUAACCAAUGGGUAAAUACCAAUAUUGCCCCUUACAGUCAAGUAAAUUUCACAUGGAUUGUACUAGGAAAUGAAAUUAUUCCAGGUGCGGAAGGAGUUUUUGCUACACAAGCUAUGCAAAACAUGAAAGAAGCAUUAAUUUCAAUUGGAUUAACUAACACUAAAGUUACCACAUCAUUUUUUUUGGCUGGACUUGCAUCCUCUUACCCUCCAUCUGCAGGGGCAUUUACUGAUGAGGUUGCAGAAGUAAUGAAAGAUGUUACAGCUUUUUUGCUACAAAAUGAUGCACCCCUUAUGGCCAAUGUGUACCCUUAUUUCCCUUAUGCAUCUAAUCCAGCAGAAAUUAAAUUGGAUUAUGCAUUAUUUCAAUCAAAAGUGGCUCCAGUAACUGAUGGUAGCUUGAAAUAUGAUAAUCUUUUUGAUGCAAUGGUUGAUGCAGUUUAUUCCGCAUUAGAAAAAAUUGAUGCAGGGAAUGUUUCUUUGGUUAUUGGAGAAACUGGCUGGCCUACUGCAGGGAAUGGAGCUAUUACAAAUACUGAAAAUGCAAAGGCAUAUAAUUCAAAUUUGAUAAAACAUGUGGAGAGUGGUGUGGGGACACCAAAAAGACCAGGACAAAAUAUUGAUGUUUUUAUAUUUGCAAUGUUUAAUGAAAAUCUCAAGGCUGCAGGUGUUGAGCAAAAUUGGGGUCUUUUUUAUCCUAAUACGACUGCUGUUUAUCCACUUUUACAAUGUUAAUUGUAAAUCAUACACUACAUUCAUUUAUGUUCUACACUUCGAUUUCAAUUUCGAAUUAUAUUGUACCAAAUAAACCACUUUCAUCCUAU